GCGCGGUCAAACGUGUCCGGGAAGUGUCGGCUACACUGUCGUGGCGAGUCGUGCGGACGAGAUCUCGCGCCCCGGUUCAGUUUGCGAAACGAUCCGAUUCGGGAACACACCUGAGCCUGGCUGCAGGUUUGCAACGCUCACCGUCGCCGGCAAGCAAUACGCGGGCAGAGUGUAAAGUGUGCGAUUGGAAGGAAAACACGGCAGACGGGGUUGCUUUUCCGUGCGAUUUUUGUUUUUUUUUUUGCGAUACAGUCACCAUUUUUUCGAACAUUCGAACCGACCUGCACCGACAGUUGGCGAAAUACUUUAUUAAGGCGAGCUACCGUGACGACCGUGUUGAAAUGUUUCAUCCGUCGUAGAAUGCAGUUUCGUGUUUUAUAACGAAAAGAAACCGAUAAUUAGAACUAACGAACAACAAAUCAAAGUGAAACGUGCAAAAUAGUGUAAAACAGUUUUCAGUCCUUGUAAAGAUGGUAUGAGUGUUGUUAUUAUUUGCUGCAACCAUCUUCAGUUUCAUUUUGUGUUGGUACCGACGGCAAUGUAAAACUCACAAUACUUAUUGUUCUCCCGCCAAAUUGCCCGAUCGCAGGCCGCCUUUAACAAAUAUUUUACAAGUGCUUCGAAUCCCAGGCGUUAAAUUGUGUUCACUGCUGUUCGCCUCAGUCUUAGGGUUGUUGAAUUCAAUGUUCCUCAAAGUGAUUGAGUACUAAGUGCGUGAAGUGUGUGUGUUGGUGACUGGGAGCGAUUAAAACAGUUGUUGUUUGUGCGAAAGAAUAUAUCCUUUAUGCAAGUGCAAGAAGUGUGGUGUUGAAUAUAUUGAGAGUAAUCAUAAAAUAGAAAAAAGUGUAUACAAUUGUAUCUAACUUAGCAGAAAAAAAGCUUUGCCAUGCCUGCGUAGUUCCAAUUAUGGUGUAUAUUGAUUAGAAUUAUCUGCACAAAGCGUGCCGCUACGCGUGUGUGUUUCCGAGUUCGACAUGGUGCGCGUGUGUGUAGUGCCGUCUAGUGUGAGCGUUUAAUUGUUCAUCGCGCUAAUGGAGUGUUUAUCAUUUUUCGUUGCCUUGUUUUGUCCUUGUUUUGUUUCGUUUUGUUUUUCCGUCGCCCGUUCGAUCCGUCCCAUCGCCCCGUGCCGUGCGUAUCAGUGCAUCGACGGCAGAGAAAAUGUUAGCUAUGCGUCGCGAAAGUGAACCCAUCUAUGGUAGUGCCAGUGCAACGACCCACUACAACAAUCUGCUGCAUCACCACGGGCAACACCACAACGGUCACCAUCAGCAGGCGGUGCAGUCGCCGUCGGGACAGUCAGGACAUCUCACCAACGGUACUGCGGCUGAGCCAUCGGUCCGAGCUCAUCCGGCCGAGAACGGCACACUCGGGGAGACCGAUCCCAGUGGGCUGGGUGCGUUCCAGGGACAUCACCAGCAGCAGCACCAACAGCAGCAGCAGCAGCAGCAACUGUUGCAGCAACAGCAACAGCUAGCAGAUCAUCAGCAAACGUUGUCCCAUCAACACCAUCACCAUAGCCACCGGUCAGCGUUGUCCCCAGCGACGACGGCCAGCUUUGGCGGAUUGCCCGGCCUCUGCAACGGGUCGUCAUCGUACGCCGGGUACACCAACUUCGGAUUGAACUCUUCCAGUUCCGGACGGUCCACACACCCGGCGGCAUCCAGUCUCGACGAGUACGUCGACAUCCUGCAGGUCCAGCAGCUGCUGCUGGAGAACUCUUCCACUCCGUCCGGCUCCACGAGCAGCUCGACGGUGGCGAGCAUAACAACGGCAUCCGGUACCUCCACCACCACCACCUCCUCCUCCUCCUCCAUCUCCUCCUCCACCUCCACCUCAACCUCAUCCACAACCAUCCCUUCCAGUGUCGGUUCGACGGCGUCCCAGCACAUCCCGCCCGUGUCCACCGUACCCUUCUUUGCGCCCUCGUCCGCUCCCUCCACCUCGACGGCGGCACUUCACGCAAAAAACCGUCCAAAAGUGAAUCUUCAGAAAGCGGCCGACUUUUCUGCGGCAGCGGCGGCGGCGGCGGCAGCAGCAGCGGCAGCGAACCAACUGCAAGGCGAAUCACCCUCCAAAAGACUGCUCUUUGAUUACCCGAGCCCAUAUUUGUAUGGUAAUUAUCAUCCGUCGCCGAGUGACGAUCUGGUCGCUUUAUGGUUCGGAAGUAACGGAACAGGUGGCGUUGCCCCUGGACCACCAGCAGCUGCCAUGAUCAUGGAAGGGCUAGAAACGUUGGUUGCGCCAUCGCAUCACACAUUCCUGCUGACCGAGUCGGCGGCCGCAGCACACUUCAACGUGCUGAGCUUCGAUACGUGCGGUCUGUUCAAGACCGGCACCACCACCACCUCGCUCGGGCUGAACAACAACAGCACGACGACACCGAACAACAACCACCAUCACCACCUGUACCAUCCGUACCAUCACCAGACGGCCGUCAGCACUGCGACCGCACUCGCCCAUCAUCAGCCCCAUCAUCACAACCAUCAUCAGCAUCAUUCGACAACCCAGCAUCAGCAGCAGCAGCAGCAGCAACAUCAGCACAAUUCAUCCGCCAGCACGAUCGUGUCAUCGUCGGCCGUCUCGUCGGCGAUCGCCAGCGCGGCCAGCUCGACCGCGAUCACUACGCACACGACCGCGACGACGAGUGUGACCGCGGCGUCCCAUACGUCGCACGGCCACAGCCACCAUCAUCCUAACCAUCCGCAUCUGAGCCUGCUGAGUACGGGCGGCGGCGGUAGCGGCACGGGCGGUGGCACCGGCCACCACUCGAACGACAGCUCCACCCUGCACUCCGGCACCGGUGACGAUCAUUCGCAAUCGCAAACCGACGCACAGGCCGGCGAUCUCAACACACCCGUCACCACCUCCGGCGACAUUCCGUCGUUCUUCGGACCGUCGACGGUUGUGGAGCCACCACCGAUUACCGGAUCAAUCGAAUCGGACGAUCUCUCGCUGGAACCCCAGACGGUGUCCAGCCCGUGCGUUAGCCUGUGCAGUCCCACCAAGCAGGAGCGCAGCACACCGCAAUCGAUCGUCAACGAGGAAGAGGCUAGCAAUACCAGCAGCACCAACACCAUGUACCCGUCGUCCGGUGCUCAGCAGCAGCAGCAGCAGCAGCAACAGCAGCAACAGCAGCAACAACAGCAGCAACAUUCACUUCACGGCCAGAUACGUGUUGCCGGGCUGGCCAGCGUCACGGGUGGCGCCGACAUGCAGCACGGCAGCAACGACGGUGUCCAGUCGUCCGAUGCGAUCGAGAACAAGAUCGCCUACCGGGGCAUCUUCACGUCGAGCGGCAGCCCGAGCAUGGGCCUGCAGGCGGGCAACGUGAUGGCGGGCGCGGGUCAGAUGUCACCGACCGCCGGACUGGGCGGCUGGGGUUUGCCCAGCCCCGACAAGACCCUCUUCCAGGCGCCCAUGUUCGGGCUGCUCGGACCGCAGGCGACCAGCGCGUCCCAGGGUGUGUCGGCCACCUCGCCCUCGAUCGGGCAGCACCACCAGCACCACUACGGGGGGGACGAGCGGGGGCACACCGGGGCGGGCCACGGUGGCGGUCACGGUGCCGAACUGCUCGGCCUCAACAUGGACUGUGCGAGCAUCAUCCUGAAGCAGCCGCCGAGCUACAACAGCUGCGUCGGGUCGCUCGACAUGCAGCAGGGCCAGGAUAUGCACGGGUACGGGCGGCCGGGUCAGGGCGCCGGGCUGGGGCAGCAGAUGAGCCAGAAGUACCAGUGGCUGGACUCGCCGGUCGACCCGUACGUCGGCAGCCCGCAGCACGGUUCGGUCGUCCUGCCCGGACCCUCGUCUACGCCCAUCUCGGUGGGGCCGAUCAUUCCGAAGCAGGAGCCGUACUCGACGCCGAACGCCUGCACGUCCGACUCGAGCCAGCUCGGGGGGCUGACGCCGGCCCAGGCCGCCCAGCAGGCCCAGUAUGCCGUCCAGCUGGCCGAGUACAAUCAGGCCACCAGCAAGGGCCACGAGAUUCUGUCCCAGGUCUACCAGCAGAGCACGAUGCCGCUCAAGCUGGUGCCGGUGAAGCCGCGCAAGUACCCGAACCGGCCGAGCAAGACGCCCGUGCACGAGCGCCCCUACGCCUGCCCGGUGGAGAACUGUGACCGGCGGUUCUCGCGCUCGGACGAGCUGACCCGCCACAUCCGGAUCCACACCGGCCAGAAACCGUUCCAGUGUCGGAUCUGCAUGCGCUCGUUCAGCCGCUCCGACCACCUGACGACGCACAUCCGCACGCACACCGGGGAGAAGCCGUUCUCGUGCGACAUCUGUGGCCGCAAGUUUGCCCGCUCGGACGAGAAGAAGCGCCACGCCAAGGUGCAUCUGAAGCAGCGCAUCAAGAAGGAGAAAAACUCGAGCAGCGGAGGCAACAGUGCCAACAGCAGCAACAGUGGUGCGUCCGCCGCCCACCAUACCCACCACGCUCAGCAGCAGCAGCAGCAGCAGCAGCAACAACACCACCAUCAGCAGCAGCAGCAACACCAUCAGCAGCUCGGCCAUCAUUCGGGACAUCCGGGGCUGCACGCGCACCACCUACUUACGCACGACGACCUCACCGGCAUUCCGAUCGUGUCGUCCUCGUCGAACCCGGCCAACAGCAGCUUGUAGACCGAGCUUUCGUCGAUCGAUAUUAUGCGAUUGAAUGAUCCCCAGAUCGAGCUAGUCCACGACGAUCCCUUCAUGGGCUACAUCAACGAAGACACCACCGCCGAUGCCGAUGGUGACGAAGAGCAACCGCCACAACCGGUGGACACCGACAUCGACGAGCUGAACGAGGAGGAGCUGGAUGUGGGCGAAAACAGUCGAACGGAGGCUAUUUCUAGUAUUCAAAAAGUGCCCACCGCUCCCUCGGCCCGAACCGUGACGGUUCAUGCGUCGGUGGAACAGUCCACUACCGCCACUAGCACCGGCAGGCAACCGUAUGUGAUUGUUUUACUGAUGGAGUAAGGUACACCUUCAGCCACAGCCAGUAUACGAGAUGCAGCAUCCACUUCCGCUUUACUGCAGUGCCAUGGGUCGUGGUCGUCCGCCAUCUACCGCCAUCAUCACCGCAUCUUUGCCAAGCUCAGGAUCGCAGCCACUUCACCGGAACAAACAAAAAUGCAAGUGAGAACAAUUCCAAACCGCACAAUACCGUUUGACGAAAUAGUAGCUCAACAUCCGUACGCUCGUACGCAAAUGCAAUAGCGCAAAAUGAAUUAGCUGAAUUAGCACAACUUUCCACACAAUACAUUUUUGAUACAUCUCAACGUAGUUCAACGUAAGCGUUCAGAAGAUUACCGUUUGCACCACAGUCUCACACACUCUCUACAACAGUAUUUAAAUGUCAAUGCAACACUCUUGCACCUUCAAUGUCUCUACACACGGCACCAAAACAAACUCCGAUCACUUCGAUCCUCACUCUGUCCGGAAAACGCCAAAACCGUCAAUGAUUGCAUGCGAAUCGCAAUGCCUUGUGCCGGUUCUUUGCGUUCUCGGGCUAUGUGUGUAUGGGUGAUUGAGAGUGUUAAGUGUUUUUCGCUCAUCAGCCACAGCACCUCGUUGUAAUGAAUCUUACUUUCGUCAGUUGUGUACGGUUCCUCGAAAGGGUAUCAUCAUCCACGAUUAAACGCAAAUCGCGGCAGCAUCGGGCCGCAGGGUAACGAGAUGGGUCGUUGUAGUAGCCCUGUUUUGUUUUCUUAUCUCCUUAUAUCUCUUAGAAUACUGUGAUCUCAUUUUUUUUUUGCGUGCAUAGAAGCGACAACGAAACAAAAGUAACAGAAGAGAGAAAACACGAAAAACUCAAAUCGAACAUCCUGACGGCAGAGGGGAGACA